AUGGCGGACAAGCCGAGCCGGGCGCUGGUGCUGUACGCCGCCGGCCAUGCAGCGCUGCUCGCCGGGGGCGGAGGGGGGAAGGGCCAGCUCGACGCAUUCGCCUCCAUCGCCUCCUGCAGCUUCCUCUCCAUCCGCACCCCCGCUGUCAAUGAGGAUGGAGGGGACGGGAACAGCGACUCGAUUCUCGAGCUGGCGCAGCUGCUCGACGUGUGCGAUGCCCUCUACUCUGUCAAGGAUGGGGAAAUUGCCCGGGUGGAUCCGCAGGAGCUACCAGUCCCCAAGCUAUCCGAGAGUUUCAUGGGGCUGAGAGCUGCUAUGGUCAGCAAUUGCCCCAGUGUUAGCUCAUUCGCGGCGAAUCUUGGCUUCCAUGUUUAG